AUGUACCUUCCUUUUAACCAUGAAAACUGUGUUUCUACUUGCAAUUACAUCAGCGAGAAGAGUGAGGUCUUAUUUUCAGAUCACACCAUCCAGUCUGUUUUUUGCUGUUGCUGCUGCUGCUGUUCAAUGCAGAAAAGAGCAGUGAAGAGGACGGAACUGAACCUGGACAAUGCUGGAGACUUGAUGGCUGAAUACUCAGUAUCACAACAACAACUCUCCUAUGUGUCUACCCAAAAGUACAGAUGUGACACACAAUUUGUUCAACAAUCAAAGAGGAAGCCGCUACCAUCAUUACCCCAACAGUUCCCUGACGAGUGUGAUGAGAAUAUCAGAGUCAUUGCACUCUAUGAUUUUUUUGCCAAAGGACCUUCUGACUUGACGCUCAGAAAAUCAGAAGAAUAUAUUAUCCUUGAGAAGUAUGACCCCCACUGGUGGAAGGCAAGAGACCAGUUUGGAAAUGAAGGCCUAAUUCCCAGCAAUUAUGUAACAGAGAACAAGCGAAAUAAUUUAGAAGCACAUGAGUGGUACUGUAAAAACAUAACAAGGAAUCAAGCAGAACUUCUACUACGGCAGGAGUCCAAAGAAGGAGCAUUUAUGAUCAGAGAUUCAAGCCAAAAGGGAGCCCUCACAAUGUCUGUGUAUUCACAAUCUGGUGGAAGCCUCCGUGGAAAUAUCCGACAUUAUCAAAUUAAGCAAAACCAUUCAAAACAGUAUUAUGUAGCAGAAAAGCACCUCUUUCCAUCCAUUCCUGAACUCAUCCAGUAUCACCAACAUAAUGGAGCAGGUCUCAUCACCCGCCUCCGACAUCCAAUUGGAUCAAUGGGCAGUUGUUUACCAGCAACAGCAGGAUUUAGUUAUGAGAAGUGGGAGAUAAAUUCAUCUGAGCUGACUUUCAUGAAAGAAGUUGGGCGCGGCCAGUUUGGAGUUGUUCAGCUGGGUAAAUGGAGAGCACUUGUCAAAGUUGCCAUUAAGGCAAUCAAUGAAGGCGCGAUGUCUGAAGACGAUUUCAUUGAGGAAGCUAAAGUCAUGAUGAAAUUAUCCCACCCAAAGCUGGUACAGCUUUAUGGAGUAUGCAUACAGCAUAAGCCUCUCUACAUAGUGACUGAGUUUGUGGAAAAUGGCUGCCUGCUCAAUUACCUUCGGCAAAGACAAGGGAAGCUGAACAAUGAAAUGCUACUCAGCAUGUGCCAGGAUGUAUGUGAAGGGAUGGAGUAUCUGGAAAGAAAUAGAUUUAUUCAUCGUGAUUUAGCUGCAAGGAACUGUUUAGUCAAUGCCAGGAAUAUAGUUAAAAUAUCUGACUUUGGAAUGACAAGAUAUGUUCUCGAUGAUGAAUAUAUCAGCUCUUCAGGUGCCAAAUUUCCAGUCAAAUGGUCAUCUCCUGAAGUUUUUCAUUUCAACAAGUACAGCAGCAAAUCUGAUGUCUGGUCAUUUGGAGUUUUAAUGUGGGAAGUUUUUACAGAGGGCAAAAUGCCUUUUGAAAAUAAGUCAAAUUCUGAAGUUGUCCAUGAGAUUUCCAAAGGUUACAGACUUUAUCAACCACAUCUGGCAUCACUCACUGUGUACAAAGUCAUGUACAGCUGCUGGCAUGAGAAACCUGCAGGUCGCCCUGCUUUUGCUGAGCUGCUGCAGACCCUCUCAGUUAUAGCAGAGACUGGAUAAUCAAGACGGUCUCCUCCUAGCUAUUCUCAUUGCAGAGAUAGCACAAAGCUGCUCAUGUGGUGGUUCUCAAUCUUUUACAGCCUUAGCUAGUUACAUCAAUCAGCAGCACUAAGAAUCUAACGCUGUAACAAUUAUGAAAUGAAUUUGAAUAUAAAUUCGACUCGCUCUGACUGAAGAUAUUAAUUGUCCCUGAAUCAAGAAGCCUUUAUCUUGCCUGAUAAAUCCUUAAUCUCUAUCACCGGGGACCUCUUUGUCUAAAUGACAGACACACACAAAUUUAGGGCCAAACCAUAUAUUUUAAAGACUUUAAAAUAGCAAACACAGGAACAGCUUCGAAUAUAACUCGCCCUAUCCCUAGAAACAGAAAAAGAUAGAAAAGACCGUAGACAAAAUGGAAUAUAUGUUACAAUCUCACCGUCGGAGCUCACGACCUACAACUCUUUGGCUAUUUUGGAGCCUCGGAGGAGGACCAGCGAGGAGAUCCCUCGAAGCCUGUUGACGUAAGGCUGCUAGGUGAUCCUCAACUGUCUGGACAAUGGCUCUUCUGUGGAUACAGUGGUGACUAACCCUUCAGUAGAGUCACUCGGUCCAGAAGGGUUGUGGAAAGGUGACAAAAGUCCAGCUGCUGCUAACUCCAGCCUGAUCCCCUCACAUGGGAUAUCUGCACACGCAGGUGCCACGUAAGUUAAUCACACAACAGGAUCCACAUAUACCACAAUGUCCAUAAAUGUUAAAUAAAACAGGAACAGAAGAAACCAAAAAAGGAACGGAACGGGAAGGAAAGGAAAAAGGAACCCAAGCCUUCUUCUGCCUAAGGCUUUUACUGGCUCUUAGGUGGGAAAAGAGACUUGUGUACUGAGUGCAUUAAAUCAAGGUCAUGUGCAGCAGUUCAGCGGGAUGUGUGCAACCUUGAGGAAUGAGUGCAACUUCAAGGGGACAAAGUGCACAAUGUUUGAGAGGAGUGCAAAAAGUGGACUGAGUGCAAACACUGGCUUGGUGGGAAAACUUGUGUUCUAUAACUGAAUUCUAUCCCUCUCACAAAAUGGAGGUCAUAAAGACUCCAUUUUGUUUAUACCCUACCAAUAUUCUUCACUGAUUAAUAUACCCAGGGUUACACUGUGCAGUUUAGUCUGUUUUCACUUUCAGAGUUCACCACUUCUUUAAUGUUUUGGGGAAAAUGUUUAGUUCAGAGAACUGGGGUUGGGCUUUUAAUCUUUUGAUGCAAGAUUGAUAGUGCAAAUCAAGACCAGAUUCAUGAUGAUCAUAUCUAUACUUGAGAGGAAUAACAGGAGGAAGAAUACAUGGUACGUAGAUUUAAACUGCAUAAGAAACCCUUCUGCAUUAUGUGGCAGAUUUACACUAAACUCUGCAACAGUGCCAUUGAUGAAGAAAUCAUUUGUUAAUUGGUAUGGCUCAUUGAUUGGGGAAUAAGGACAGGUAGCAGCAGGAAAGACUUAGAUACUCAUAACAGACUUCUAUAAGAGUACUAGAAAAACGAGGUGAGCAAGAUAGUAUCUUUUAUUGAACCAACAUCUGCUGGUGAAAAAGUCAAGCUUUUGAGCUAUGCAGAGCUCUUCUUCAUAUCUCUCUCUCGGUAGUCAGACAUAUUUGAACACGGGACCACACUGCAACACAGGCUUCUGUUAUUUGAUUUAAAAGAGCAACUUAAGAUAUUAGAAAUAGUAAGCUAUUGUCAUCUAGUAGACCAGCCAUUAAACAGAAACAUAACUUACAUUGUUUGUGUACUAUACAUUCUCUUAGAGAAGGGGUGGGCAGGUAUGCAGGAAGAGGCAGGUAUCAUAGAGGUUCUUAAGCCCCAUCUGAAUGGAACACUACCCUGUAACAAUUUAGAAGCUGCUACCUGGUGAAGGUGCCUGCCUUCGUUCUUUAGGAGCAUGAGAAAACAACCACCAUUUCCUGCAAGCCUGUGCCUGCUUUCUCCAAGGCAGUUUCCCAUGCUACCUUUCUGCCUCUUGCUGAUGUGCAUACUUACCUAAUGCCCUCCUUCAUUCACCUACACUGAAUCCCCUCCUGUGGCAUGCCAAUGAACAAACUGAAGAAAUAGCAGGAAAAUAGAACCUUUUUGCAUGUGUGUGGCAUAAAUAGAUUUUUGCAAAAUCAUAGCAAAAAGAUAAGUUAUCUGGCCAAUUUGUGUGACCAAUAUUUAAUAUAAUUGGAAUCCUGUGAACAACAAGUGCAUUGGUAACUUCCCCUGUACAUUAUAUAUUUGUGGUGACUAAUGUUAGUGUAAAAAAAGCUUAUUGUUUGUAGUUGGGACUAUCUGUUAAAUUUAGGAGAGGGAAGAGAAAUAGCAGAGCACUAAAGAAAAAGGAAACUAAAUAACUCGCAUACUGCAUCUAUAAUCAUAUGUAUUUUUUUAUGCAUAGAUGCAUGUGUCUAUUUGUAUUUUACAGCAAUUUGUGGGGAGACAAAAUACUUAAAACCUACUGAUUGAAGAACAGUUGAAUUCUGCAUAACUUCUACAGUUUUACCUUUCUAAAUUCUAAAUAAAAAUAAACAUUGUCACAGUUUUUGGAAUUAUGCCCAGUGAUAGAAUCAUUGGACUACAUUCAGUUCUGACAUAAGCCUGGGUAACUCCCAGCGAUGGUAAUAGUGUGCAAUACUUGCAGGCAAUAUGAUCACCUGCAGUUAUUUGAAGAAUGUAAACAUUGAAGAGGAAAUGUUUAAUUACCCAGUUGCCAGUUCUUUCACCUGCACUGUGAAAGCAUCUCAGUUUCAAGAGAAACUAGAAUUCCUGGUUCCCUUACAUAACCUUUUAAAAGAAUUUUAACAAAACUAUACCACUGUUUGCGCUUACAUUUGACUCAUCUCAAAUGCAUGUUGAAUUCAGAAUGGUACAAUGUACUAAAGCCAGGAGAAAAAAAGAGUAGUGUGUCUGAAAAAGCACAGUGGCUGCAAGUUUUCCAUUUAAUUACUGAAAUCUUUCUGCCCCCUCGUGAUGUGCUACUUUUUUCAGCAGGUGUUGCUGUAUGAAUAAAACAAUGAAAUGAUAUCCAUAUUGCAAAGUAUACAAGCAUGGUUCUAGCUCCACGCUAGCAUGUUGCACAUUGCAUGAGAAGUUCUAAGAGAUCAUAUUGAAGUGAUUUUGCUAUGCAUUGGUUUGUUACUGUUUGCCAAUAUGUAGUUAGGAGAUAUCACCCAAUUAUGAAAACAAAAAAUAUAAGCAAUGGGAGGGCUGAAAGCUGUGCUUGUGACUGCUCCACAGU